AUGGAUUGGGUCCGUGGUGAAAUAGUUGGUAAGGGAAACUUUGCCACUGUCAAUUUAGCCAUACCUAGAAGUCAGAGUUCUCAAACUCCACCAUUAAUGGCUGUGAAAUCUUGUGGGGUUUUGCACUCUGCUUUUCUCCUGAAUGAGAAGUCAAUACUCGAAGAGCUCAACCAAUGCCCAGAUAUUAUUAGGUGUUUUGGUAAGAAUUUGAGCUUUGAAAAGGGUGAAAAAUUGUAUAACCUACUCUUAGAGUAUGCUUCUGCAGGAGAUUUAGCUGGUAAGCUGCGAAAUUCCGGUAACAACGGGUUGCCAGAAUAUGAUGUAAGGCGGUUUACGAAAUCUAUAGUCAAAGCCCUACACUAUAUUCACAAUCAUGGUUAUGUUCACUGUGACAUAAAGUUACAGAAUUGUCUAUUGUUUUGUUCUAAUCAACGUGAUGGAGAAGAUGUGCUAAAAAUUGCAGACUUUGGUAUGGCGAAGAAAGCUGGAAUGAAGAGUGAGAAUUUUGAAGUGAGAGGUACGCCUCUUUAUAUGUCACCAGAGAUGGUGAUGGGCGGUGAGCAGGAGCCACCUGCAGAUAUAUGGGCACUUGGGUGUGUGGUGGCGGAGAUGGCGACUGGAAAGACAGCGUGGAUUCAUCAACUGGAUGGUGGCAUGUGGGAACUAUGGUUGAGGAUUGGGAUCGGUGACGAGGUGCCUAAGAUUCCUACAAAUUUAUCAUCAGAAGGAAGAGAUUUUCUCAGAAAGUGUUUCGUGAAAGACCCCAGAAAUCGAUGGACGGCUGAGAUGCUUCUAAAUCAUCCUUUCAUCACCGAUAAGGAUGAUGAAAGUAAUCGUCCCUCUCCCACAAAUCCAUUCGAUUUUCGUGAUUGGGCGUGUCUAAACUCUUCAGAAACUCUUGAUUUGUCGUCGGAGUCUGACCAUUCCGAACAAUUGUCUCCACAUGAAUUAAAGUUAUCUUUAAUUUCACCGGCAAAGAGACUGCGGUGGCUGAAGACGAAUCAGGCACCUGAUUGGUCUGUGUCAAAGGGUUGGAGAACAGUACGUAAGGCCGAACAUAUUCAGCCCUCGAUUACUUUUUACUUCACCAACGGAGAGACUAAAGUGUUUGAUGGUCAAUAA